GACUUUGUCUUUCCACCCCACCUGCACCCUGAGCACCUGCCUCUGUUCUGUAUCUCCCAAGUCUGGACUCUUUGGUGCCAGCCAGCCCAUGCUCUCUGGGGUUUGCACACAGGUUCCCCACCAGCUGUCCACACCACCCAGAGAGGUGCUCCUCAAAGGCAAAGGAGAACACAGUGUCCUGGCUGGAGGGAUGCAAAGCCCCACCCCCUUUGCCUGCCCCAGACAGCAACCAGGGGACACCCAUCUGAGUGGUUGGCUGUGUGAACAGCAAAGAAAGAAGCGCUCACUCCAGCUGGGCUUCUGAGCCAGGGCCAGGACUCCCGGUGAAACGCGCGCUCCGGCUGUGCAGGGCCAUCCUGCAUGCCUAAUCGGCUAUUUAAGGAGCUGUUCGCCAACAGCCCAGGCACCACCCCCUCCUCACGUACACGGGUCCAGAGCCACCUUAAAAGCGGGAGGCAAUUGUAAAGUUGCUGGCCGGAAAGUAGAGACUGCAGAGGGAAAUAAGAGGGCCUGGAGAAAGAGAAGCAGCAAGAUUUUAUCCUGGGAUCCAGAAAUUCGUGGGACCCUGUUGAAAAUCAAAUCCCAUGGAAGCCUGCUGAAACAGACUGCAGGAAGAUAGAUAGAUAGAUAGAUGAUAGGUAGAUAGAUGAUAGAUAGAUAGAUAGAUAGAUAGAUAGAUAGAUAGAUAGAUAGAUAUACCCCCUCUCUUCUCCUCCUUCUCCCCCCCACCCGAAAUUCCUGGUUCCCUGUGCCCCAUCCUGGGGAUAUUAUGUUGCUCUUCGCUCUCCUGUUAAAGGUGACUUGGAUCCUGACUGCAGAUGGGGGUCAUCACUGGACAUAUGAAGGUCCACAUGGUCAGGACCACUGGCCAGCCUCUUACCCUGAGUGUGGAGGCAAUGCCCAGUCUCCCAUUGAUAUCCAGACAGACAGUGUGAUAUUUAACCCUGAUUUGCCUGCUGUGCAGCACCAUGGAUAUGACCAGCCUGGUACUGAGCCUUUGGACCUGCACAAUAAUGGCCACACAGUGCAACUCUCUCUCCCCUCUACCCUGCAUCUGGGUGGACUGUCCCGAAAAUAUGUAGCUGCCCAGCUACACCUGCACUGGGGUCAGAAAGGAUCCUUGGAGGGAUCUGAGCACCAGAUCAACAGUGAAGCCACAGCUGCAGAGCUCCAUGUGGUCCAUUAUGACUCUGAGUCCUACAGCAGCUUGAGUGAGGCUGCUCAGAAGCCUCAGGGCUUGGCUGUCCUGGGCAUCUUAAUUGAGGUGGCUGAGACUGAAAAUCCAGCUUAUGACUACAUUCUGAGUCAUUUGCAUGAAAUAAGACAUAAAGACCAGAAGACUUCAGUGCCUCCCUUCAAUGUGAGAGACCUGCUUCCUCAACAGCUGGAGCAGUUCUUCCGUUAUAAUGGCUCACUCACAACUCCCCCCUGCUACCAGAGUGUACUCUGGACAGUCUUCAAUCGAAGGGCCCAGAUUUCUAUGGGACAGCUAGAAAAACUUCAGGAGACACUGUCCUCUACUGAAGGGGAGCCACCUGAGCCCCUCGUCCAGAACUACAGAGACCCCCAGCCUCUCAAUCAGCGGACCAUCUUUGCUUCUUUCGAAGUGAGACCCUUGUAUACCACAGGAGAAAUGCUGGGUCUAGGUGUGGGAAUCUUGGUUGGUUGCCUCUGCCUUCUGCUGGCUGUUUAUUUCAUCGCUCGAAAAAUUAGGAAGAAGAGGCUGGGAAACCGGAAGAGUGUGGUGUUCACCUCAGCACGUGCCACCACGGAGGCAUAAAUUCCAUCUUAGGACACCAUGGAUGCCAUCUGCUCAGAUCUGUCAGGGAGCCUCUCAAAGAGUGCAAGAACUGGUUAGAAAAUACUGCUAGGUGUUUGUAGGCAGAUGCCUGCCCUUCUAGACAACCCCCCUGUUCCCCUCUCAGAGAAAAAGGAUCCAGUUCUCCUAGAAGAGCAGAGCCUUUCAAAGCACUUGGGAGAGCAGGAGAUCCCCAUUUUAACAUUUCUUUGUAGAGGAAGUUGGUAUGCCCCAACAUUCUCUCUUCACACCUUUAAGACCCUCCCCUGCAUAUACUGCAGGGUUUCCCUUUAGGAAAAAAGGCUGCUGCUAGGGUGAUUAUUUUUUGCUCAAUAUAUAUGGAAAUUAAAGUUUCUGACUUUAAUUCUGGCCUGUCUUUUGUGGCUUUCAAGGGCGAGAGAGUUCCUUAAUCCUUCAGGUGGUAGAGAUGGGCAAAGGAUAGGGAAAAAGAAGUCUAGGGGAUUAAGUCCUUUUAUCCUAUCCCUGGACAGGAAAAUACUUAACCCAAAGUUCCCACAAGUUAAACCACAGGACCAUCUUUCUGCCAUUGCACCAAAGCUAUCAAUGGAGAUCAGUAGUUGCCAGGUUAGGAAGGAAGAUGGACAAGAGCCAUGGGAAGGUAGAAGUCUCAAUGUUUUCCCCUCCCUUAAAAGCCAAGUUCCCCCACAAUUAUAAAGUUCUUUUUUUAUUAAUCAAAAUCACAAUCACCUUGAUUAAAAGGAUGGUAUACUCCACCCUCAGCAGAAAAAUGAUACAGUUGAUAGAAAAUCUCCCCACCCCUCCCAUACCCAGAUUUAAAAACUAGAAAAAAAUCUGCCCUCCUGCCUUGUGAUGUCAUGGUAGUUUGACUUCUCCAGGGGCACUGCCAUGGAGUACGCAAACUCCCCACAGCACCCUCCACUUCACCUUGGGGAGAGGAGGGAUGCUGAUGGUCAAGGAGGUUAAAACAUUAGUUCCAGUAAUACCAGUUCCCAAACAUGCACUUCCUUCCUUCUCCCCAGGGCCAGGGACCAAGGGGAAAGAGGACAGAAAUGAGCCACGAUCAGCAGUUUAAGGAGGGAAAAUGUAGCCCAAGGAGGUUAGAAGAGCUCCAACAUACCUCCUCCCUCCCCCGACUUAAAAAAUAAAAUAAAAGGCAGUUUGGGGUCUUUAUCAUACCCAAAAUGAUUCCUU